ACGAACUGGAGUUUCAAAAGCUACGACAAGUGCUCAUCGACGAGCAGCGCAGCGUGAAAGGAAAGGUAAAUGUGAGAAUCUGGAGUCCUUGCCACCUAACAUGAGGAACUUGAAUGCAUUACAUACUUUCUCCAUCCAUGAUUGUAAGAAGCUCGAGUUAAUGAGGUCGGGAGAAGGCAUAAAAGGUCUCAUAUUAUUCACCAUAUUCACAUCUGACUUGGAGGCUCUGCCAGAUUGGCUUCAGGAGUCUGCAGACACUUUACAAAGCAUGACAAUCGCAAAGUGUGAUAAACUUGCAGCACUUCCAGAGUGGUUGCAAAACCUCACGUUGCUCGAGCAACUAAUGAUUUGGAAAUGCCCCAAAUUGUCUGCUUUACCUCAAGGCAUGCAUUGUCUCACUGCGUUGAGAGAGUUGUAUAUUGUACGGUGUCCUGCAUUGAGAAAAAGAUGCAAAAGAGAAACAGGUGAGGAUUGGUCCAAGAUCAAACAUGUCCCUAAGAUUCAUCUUGAUGACUCUGAUGAUGAAGGUGCCAAUGAUAUCGAUGAUCAGUUCCGUUCCCGUAUUGCUUGCCUCUCUUCUAAAGUUCCAGAGAUUCGGGUAGAGAUUCGUGCUCUUCCAUGGAGAUAUUUCUUGUUCUACUCCCUAGUUGACAUACUUGUUAUUCUCCCACUACCACAGGUGUUAAUUUUUAUUAUUGUUCCAAAAUUAAAUGAUUCCAGGUCCUUGGAUGCAGUAGAGUGGUUCAACUCCAUUGUUAUCUUUCAAUAUGUGACAAGGGUUAUUCGAAUCUGCUCCUUGUUGAGAAAAGUUACAAGGACUUCUCGCAUCCUCGCUGAAACUGCAUGGGCUAACCUCUUCCUUUAUUUGCUUGCCAGUCAUGUUGUUGGAGCCUUUUGGUACUUGUUAACUAUAGAGAGGAAAGUAACUUGCUGGCGACAAGCCUGUAAACUUCAUGAUGUUGCCUAUUGUUCUAUAUAUUGUGAUGACAACUUCGGACCUGGAAUGUUUUUGGAUGACUCUUGCUCUACAGACUCCAAACUUUUCCAUUAUGGAAUAUUCAUUGAUGCCCUUGAAUCCGGUAUUGUGGAUACAGCUGAUUUCGUACAAAAGAUUUCUUACUGCUUUUGGUGGGGACUGCAAAAUCUCAGCUCUCUCGGCCAAGGCCUCCAAACAAGUACCCAUGUGUGGGAAAUCUAUUUUGCUGCUUUUGUUUCAAUUUCGGGACUGGUCCUACUUUCAUCUCUUAUUGGAAAUAUGCAGACAUAUUUACAGUUAAAAACUGCGCGAUUGGCAGAAAUGAGAGUGAAGGAACAAGAGAGAGAAUAUUGUAUGGCCUUCUAUACACUUCCUCAUGAUCUCAAGAAACGUAUCAAAAAGGACCAGUGGCGAGAAGAUAUAGGACUUACCAUGGAGAAAUUUUUUCUCAGUCUUCCCAAGGACCUUAGGAGAGAUACAAAACAACAUAUAUGCUUGGGUGCACUCCGGCGUGUUCCAUUGUUUGAUACAUUAGAUGAGCAGCUGUUGGAAUCAAUGUGUGAUAUUCUCAAACCAGUAAUCUAUACAAAAGGAAGCUUCAUUAUUCGGGAGGGAGACUCCGUGGAUGGAAUGUUCUUCAUAAUGAGAGGCAUGGUGUUCAGUAUAGAGAGACAUGGUUUCUUCUCUGUUUGUCUUAAGGCCGGUGACUUUUGUGGUGAAGAGAUCAUAGCAACUCUUGAUUCCUCGUCAUCUCUUCAUCUUCCCAUAUCAACCAGAACGGUCCAAGCCAUUACUUUAGUGGAAUCCUUUGUUCUGAAAGCCGACGACUUCAGGUCUUUAAUCUCCCAGCAGUCCAAUGGCAGGCCUUUGAAGCACAACUUUAGGUUCUACACACAACAUUGGAGGAUUUGGGCAGCUUGUUACAUACAAGACGCUUGGCGCCGCUACCGGAGGAAGAACCUUGAAGAGUCUCUGAGAAAAGAGGAGAAUAUGUUGCAAGAUGCACUAGCCAAUGCUGGUGGUAGCUCGAGCUCCCAAAGCCUAGGUUCAGCCAUUUAUGCCUUGCGUUUCGCUGCUAAUGCGCUAGGUGCUAUACGGCAUAAUGCUAGGCCUAGGCUACUUCAAAAGCCAUCAGAGCCUGAUAUUUCCAUUGAAUAACAACACGUAGACAUAUUUUAGCAUACAAAUUUUUGAUUCCGCAAUUAAUUUUGUUGUGUAAACUAUAUAAAAUCAUUCCACUGAAAGUAAGAAGUGUUACAUUUAUUACAAAC